GUACUGAAAAAAUACAAAUUAUUAAUAAAUUCUUCAAUGCAAGUGACUCAUAUAUUAAAAUGAGUCAAAAAUCUGAUAAUACAAUGGAUUUCUCUAAAGUACUUCAAGAGUUAGAAACAUCUAAAAGAAAAAAACCUAUUUAUAAAAAAUUAAUAACAUAUAAUCGUUCAUUAAAGGAUUAUUCAUUGAGUGAUGAGAAUGCAGAAAAAUGGCAAUUAAUAUUAGAAAAUAUAGUGGAAACAUUGGCUAAAUAUCAUGAUACAAUAAUUCGAGAAGAAAUUUUAUUAGCUUCUCAUGCAUUUUUUGAAUUUCUAUCAAUUCCAUAUGGUCCUAAAACUAUGCAAAAAUAUAUCACAUAUUUUUUAGAAGAAGAAUUAAAGAAUAAAUCUAAAUUAUCUUUUAGUUAUAAGAAAUAUAAAAUAAAUAAUUCAGAUUUGUUUCAGUUGAUCAUUAUACAUGGCUAUUUACAAGUUAAUAAGUACAAUUUAUAUUCCGAUAAUAUAUUAAGUACUAUGUUCAAAAUUCUUUAUCCUUUUUGCACAAAAUAUAGCCUUUAUACAUAUUUUGCAUACAAACUGUUGAUAAAUUGGUUAAAUGCAUCGAUAAACAUAGAUUUUUGGAAUACGGACUCAUCUUCAUCAAUAGAACAAAAUUUAGAAGAGAUUAUAUUUUCAAAUUGGCAUAAUUCAAUUAAUGAUAUUAAUAAACAAAAUGCAACACAAAUUUUUCAUACAUAUUUGAAUAUUAUGACUGAAAAAUAUCACGGAUUUAUGGAAUAUAUAUUUAAUAAUGUUAUUAAUAUGUCAUGGCAAAAUGAAACAAAAUAUAUUAUAUUGUCGGAGAUUUUUAAAGUGUCAAAAGCAAGUAGAAUUAGAGAAAUAAUAACGGAAGAUUUUUUAUUCAAUUUGAGCACUUCAUUAACGAAAAAUCAUUUACAUCAUUAUGGUACAAAAGUAUAUUUGAAUAUUUUAAAUAUAUUAAGUGAGGAAGAUUGGAAAAAAUCAUUCACUAAUGUUAUCAAAUAUCUUAUUAAUCAAUGGGAAAUAGGACCAAAAAAAAAUUAUUAUGCAAUUAAAUCACUUUGCAAUUUAUGGAUUGAACCGACCAUAAAAAAGUACAAAACUAUCAUAACACUUUUAAGGGAUAUAGUUAAGGAUUUAAAAGUACCAUAUUUUGAUUCACACUUUCAAAGGAUUACUAGUAAACUGUAUAUCACUGUUUCACUACACACUGACAUUAUCUCUUUUAUACGUCAUGAAAAUGAUAUUGUCAGAUUAAAUGGUUUUACAAUUUGUUGUUAUGAACACAUUAAGUUAUAUAAUCACGAUCAAAUGAAUAACUUUUUUAUAAUGAAACAAUUUUUAUGGUAUAACGCAAAUACCACAUCGUUAUUUCUAAGAAAUGAAAUAAAAAAAUGUUUUAAAAUUUUUUACACGAACGUUUUGAAAAUAAGUGAAAAUGUUGAACAUACUCAAUUUAUGUGCGAGAUAAUAGAUUGGUUGAAUAUAUUUUUAUUAGAUUGUUUUGAACCUGGCUCUUGUUAUCAACGUAAAAUAUUUGCUUUAAAUUUAUACAAAAUUAUUCUAUCUGUAACUUAUACGUAUACAUGUAAGCAUCCACUUAAAGUAAAAAAUGAUUCUCGUUUUGUACCUAAUGACAAAUGUGUGAUACUAGAUACAAUGGUCAAAUUUACAAAUAGAACAUUUUUAUUAGUCCUCUUAAAUCUAAUAGAAAAUAGUGCACUUGAUAUCAAACAAAUAACAACUUCCAUUAUUAUCAAUUAUUUUGACGAAGAUGUUUUAAUAAGUACAGAAAAAAAAGUAAUAUUUGAUAUUGCAAUAAAAGAAUGUAAUUCAUUAAAAUUCUAUAAAGUGGAUAGUGGAGCAGCAUUGAUGAAAGUUUUUUCAACGUGGGAGCCAUUUAUUCAAGAAUAUAUUACUGAUGAACAUGGUGAAAGUAUUUCGUGCAAUCAUUAUUACGAAUUCUUUUUACAUAUAGCAGAAAAACAAUUGCUAGAAUUGAAAGAGAAACCAUUAGAUGCGUCUGUUAAUAAUGAAAAACCAUUUUAUGGUAUUCUUACUGCCAUGUUUACUGUAUAUUUUCAACGUGAUACCAAAAAGUGCAUACCUCCUUUAAAAUUCGUCAAAAAAUUAUUGGAUUUCUUAGAUGGUGCUAUAAAUAUACUCUUAUCCAAAUUAUCACCAAACUCUGAAACUACUGAUUAUGCAUCAUCAUUCAAAGACAUGGGAUUAGCAAUUAAUUAUAUCAUUCAAACUAGCAAAUUAAGUGAUGAAAUUAAUGAUGAUUUUACUCUGAUAUAUGCUAAUCAAAUUAUUCUAUCUUGCAUAUGGUUAUCCUUAAAGGUUUCUUGUGAAAUAGCUGACGCUAUUGGUAGUUUCAUGUAUUCUGAAGAGACUACAUUACAUUCAGUUAAACUAAUCACAACUGUAUUAAUGAAAUGUCGACAUAAAGGUAUAAUCGAAACUGCUGGAGUAGCACUUGGCAAUUUAGUGAGAUGUAUAUCUAAACAAGAGAUUUAUGCUAAAAAAUUAGAGAUGUAUGUUGAACAUUUAUUAGAUGAUAAUACAAUGAACAAUAUUAAUAUAACUCGACGUGGUGCUGGACUUACAUUGAUGUUUCAUAAAAUUGUAUCGAAUGAUAUUCGUCAUGGAAGACCAUUUUUACAUUUUGUUGUACAACGAUUACAGAAUUAUAUAGAAAACUUUCCUGUAGAAACAUUGGAAAGUAAUGAACCUGAUAUUACUUAUGAUCCUCCAUUAGUAAGAUAUUUAUUUUUCUUACGUGAAUUAGUAACCGAUAAAGAGAUACAUGCACAAUUAGUAUCAUAUAUUGAUGAUAUUACUGUAGCAUGUUUUCGAUGUUUAAAAUCAACUAAUUGGCAAAUCAGGAAUGCCAGUCUUCAUUUAUUUGGUUCUUUAGUUCCACGUUUGGUAGGACAAAGUAUUGGUGAUAAAUCUUUAGAUUUUGGUAAUGGAUAUCAUAUUUAUCAUUUCAUCACUCAUUAUCCAAAGCUUAAAAAACGCAUAUCAAAGUUCCUUAAAAUUAUUUCAAAAUUAUCAACAGUAACUAACUCCAUAUUACCUGAUUAUUCAAAUCUUGUACAUCCUCUUGUACUACUUUCGAAAUUUUCGGUCAGUGGUUGUUAUUUCAUCGAUCAUUUAGCAAAUGAAUUUGUACAAGAGAUGAAAAGUUAUUUUAACAAACUUAUGGGUAUUCCUGUGGGAUAUGUUAGAUUACUUACUGCAAAAGCGUAUGCAGCUUUAACUCCAUUUUCAUGUAUUAAAUCAGAAAUUGAAACGUUCAUGUUGAACAUUUUAUCAGAGAACAGUGUUAAUAUGUUACAUGGACAAUUACUUACUAUCAAUUAUUUACAAGAGAAAUUUUUAGCCGAAGCUGAAUGUGUAACAUCAUCUGAUAAAAUUGAUUUAAUAAAUGUCUUUCCUAAAUUAAAAUAUUUGGAUGAAAGUAGAAUCGAAAAUAUUAUGAAGGUCUGGAAUAAUGAAUUAAAAUUGAAAGGCAUUGAAAAAAUAUGUUAUACUAUAGAAUGCACGUUCAUUAAAUCAUUUCAAUGGAAAUCAUUUACAUUAAAUUUUGAAUUAUUCGAUAACAUUAUUUUAAAUAAUUUUGAUGCAUUGCAUAACAUUGCUAAGACUAAUGCAAAUUUUUCUCAAUUCAUAGAUAUGAUAACAUAUUUAUACGCGAAUUAUAUUAAAUCUCAUAAUACAUUUAAUGCAAAUGCCCUUAAUAAAAUUAUUCGAUCUGAAUAUAUAGAUUUAACUAUUAAUUUGUUAUCUCAUUUGCAUAAUUAUCCUCCAAUACUUGAAUACAUAUUAAAUGUUUUAUCAUCAAUGAUUGAUAAUAAUGGUAAUGAAUUAAUCAUUAAUGCAAUGAUCAAAUUGUUAAUUACAACUUUUAAAAAUUCAUUAUUAAAUGAUCUUUAUGAAUUCAAAUUACAUGAAACAGCUCGGAUUUUAUUGAGAAAACUUGAAAGGAAGAUUUCAAUUAAGCCAUACGUAUUACACUUAAGACAUGUAUUAAUAGUAAUGUUUUCCAAAAAUGAUAAUCUCAUAUAUAGAACAUUAAUAAAAAUGUUUCAUAUGACACUUAGCGAUAAUGCACAUUUACAAUAUCAAGCAUUAGAAUGUCUUCAAUUGUUUGCUCAACGUUUUUCAGAAGUAAUACAUUACAUACAAAUGUUAUUAAUGCAUUGUUGUCUUGUAUUAAUGAAAAAUCAUAUAUUUGAGAUACGUGAUUCAGCUUGUACAAUUAUACAAGAUUAUAUUUUUUCUAACAUUUAUAAAGAUAAAAUAAUUUGUAAACAUAAUGAAAUUGUAUAUCAACAAUUGCUAUUAGAAAUAAUUAAUUAUGAUUCGUAUAAAUAUUUUUAUAUAAAUGAUAUCAAAAAAUUGAUAAUAAAGUUCAUAGGUGUUGAUGAUAAUUCUUAUAAACAAUUGUCAUCAAUUGAAAGUCCAUUUAAAUAUGACUAUGAUACUUACAGAGAAGAAACUAAAUUUAUAAAUAUACUUUACUUUUAUAUUCAAUGUAAGACAAAAUCUGAUUGUAUGAUCAAAUGCGACAAGGAUCAUAAAAAUUAUAUCGACAUUUCGCGUAUCAUUGAAAGUAAAUAUGAAAUAUUACGAAAAAUUAAUUUCAAUGUCAAUGAUAUACAAACUUUGUUAACUAUUGAGGACAAAGAUUAUUUGUUUAAAAAGCAAGUGAUGUUGAUGGAAGAAUUUAAGCAAAACAAAUGUUAAAUGUAUUUUUGAAAAGC